UUUGGGCUAAAUGCAAAAUUACGAUAAAAAUAAUAUUAAAAAAUGGUUCACAAUCUAUUGUUCAUGGCGAUUUCUAGACACAGCCCACCAAGCCCACAUCAUCUCUGACUCCGAUUGUCUCUCCUACUUCACCCAUUUCUUAAUAAUUUAGCCAGCGAUCGUUUUGAAUCUAUUUUUCUCCACUUCUGCUUCGUCUCUCGUUUCUAUUUCCUCACCUCUCCUCAAUCUAACAACCAAAACACCCUGAAUCCCAUUUCAUCUCCACUCCCCGUUUAAUUCUGUACACUUUUUGAAUUUUGGGUUCGAAUUGUAUUUCCUAUUUUUUGAUUCAAUUGUUUCCCUGUGUACACGAGUUUGUGAUCUGGUCCUGGAUUUUAUUGUUCUAGCCUGAUCUGGGAGAAUUAUACGAUUAGUUCGGAAUCUGCUUCGAUUCUUUGUUUUGGGGCGUUGAGAUGGCGGGGCAAAAUCAGGAUCAAUUCGAAUCUUACUUCAGGAAAGCAGAUUUAGACGGGGAUGGCAGAAUUAGUGGAGUUGAGGCUGUUGCUUUCUUUCAAGGAUCCGGUUUGUCCAAACAAGUCCUCGCUCAGAUAUGGACAUAUGCUGAUCAAAGCCAUAGUGGUUCCCUAAGUAAGCCAGAGUUUUUUAAUGCUCUCAAGCUUGUGACUGUAGCACAAAGGCGUGAAUUAACACCAGACAUUGUCAAGGCAGCAUUGUAUGGUCCUGCUGCAGCAAAAAUUCCAGCGCCACAAAUUAAUUUUCCUCUUACAUCCUCUCCACAGAUGGGUGCAGCUAUGCCAACAUCCUCUUCAAGUCCUGGGUUCGGAGGACCAGGUGCUCCAAAUGCUGGUAUGGGCCAGCAGCAGUUCCCUUCUCAACAAAACCUGUCAAUGAGACUCCCACAAACCAUACCUGCUGCUCCUGCCCUGCGUCCUCAAGGUAUCGCAACUCCGGAGUCUUCUAGGGGAGGUAGUAAAGUUGGUCAACUUCAAGCUGGUUCUACUGCCCUUUCACAUCAAUCUAUGCCCACUGUUGCAACUGGUCCUGGUUUCACAAAUCAAAAUAUGUCAAGCAAUUGGCUUGCUGGAAAAACUGGUGGAGCUUCAACUGAGCCAGGAGGGUUCACUCCAUCAACAGCACCAAAGCUUCAAACAGCAGUUUCAUUGCCUUCCCAGCCUACUGAUAAUAAUUCUAAAGCAUUGAUUGUUUCUGGAAAUGAACCUGCUUCUAACUCUUCAUUUGGAGGUGAUGCAUUUUCUGCAGCCUUAUUUAUGUCAAAACAGGAAUUAUCUACACAAACCUUUGCUCCUCACAGUGCACCCACCUCAUCAGGGAUUAGACCAGUUUCAAGUGUGCCCCAACCAUUAGUUAAGUCCAACUCUCUUGACUCGUUGCAAAGUACAUUGUCUGUGCCUUCUGCUGGUAGUCAAAGUCAAAGGCCAUACUCUUCUAUAAUGUCAAGCCAACAAGCUUCGUCCCAAAUUUCCUCCUCUAUUACACCAUCCGGGAUCUCUGUCGGAGCUGGGAAUGCUGCUUCGAGCAGUUCCCAGCCUCCAUGGACAAAAAUGAAACCAUCUGAUGUUCAGAAAUAUACAAAAGUGUUCAUGGAAGUAGACACUGACAGAGAUGGGAAAAUAACUGGUGAGCAGGCGAGGAAUCUAUUUUUGAGUUGGAGGCUACCUAGAGAGGUUUUGAAGCAGGUUUGGGACUUAUCUGAUCAGGAUAGUGAUAGCAUGCUUUCUUUGAGAGAGUUCUGCUUUGCUCUCUAUUUGAUGGAGCGGUAUAGGGAAGGCCAUCCUCUUCCAUCUGCACUCCCAAGAAAUGUUAUGUUUGAUGAGACACUCUUGUCCAUGACAGGCCAAACCAAUGUUUCAUAUGGAAAUCCAGCUUGGGGUCGCAAUCCUGGUUAUGGACAGCAGCUGGGGAUGGGCGCCCAGCCAGGAAUGGAUACUCAGCCAGGGAUGGGUGCCCAGCCAAUUACUCACUCAGCUGGUUUAAAACCUCCAAUUCUUCCCAAUGCUUCUGCUGAUACUACUGCAAUGUCCAACCAACAAAAGCCGAGAGCACCUGUUUUGGAUGACUCCUUUGGAACUCAAGUUGAUAAUACCGAACCGAAUUCAGAGAAUGGAACAACCCAAAAUAUAAUGGCUAAUGGAGAUAAGGUUAAUGGAACUGAAAAAGUGAUUUUGGAUUCCAGAGAGAAGCUUGAGUUCUACCGUGAGAAAAUGCAGGAACUUAUCAUGUAUAAAAGCAGAUGUGAUAAUAGACUAAAUGAAAUCACGGAAAGGGCAAUUGCAGAUAAGCGUGAGGCUGAAAUGUUGGCAAAGAAAUAUGAAGAGAGAUACAAACAAGUUGCAGAAAUAGCUUCCAAAUUAACAAUUGAAGAGGCAAAAGUUCGUGAGAUUCAGGAGAGGAAGACAGAAUUGCACCAGGCUAUUGUUAACAUGGAACAAGGGGGCAGUGCAGAUGGUAUUCUUCAGGUCCGUGCUGACCGCAUACAAUCGGAUCUUGAGGAGCUAAUGAAAGCCCUGACUGAACGAAGCAAGAAACAUGGACAUGAUGUUAAGUCAGCUGCAGUAAUUGAGCUUCCCAUAGGUUGGCAACCGGGAGUACCAGAGGGAGCAGCACUGUGGGACGAAGAGUGGGACAAAUUUGAAGAUGAAGGAUUUGGAAAUGAGCUCACCGUGGAUGUGAAAAAUGUUUCCGACUCUCAGAGAGGAAAAGCAUCUCCAAAUGGUAGCUUGACCCCUGAUUCCUCCUAUGUGAAUGGAAAAACUGGGAAUCUCUUCAGUACUGAACAUGCCUUUGAGAGCGAGUCUGCAUAUGCACACAGUGAAGAUGAAUCCGCCAGAAGUCCUCAUGGUAGUCCUACGGAGAUAAACAAACUAGAAAGUCCAUCUCGACAAUUUUCUGAUGACCAUUUUGAGAAGAGUACUGAAGCAGAUUCAGAAAGACAUCGAAGUUUUGAUGGGUCAGGAUGGGGGACCUUUGAUAAUGAUGAUACAGACUCUGUCUGGGGAUUUAAUUCUGCUAAUACCAAGGACUUGGACUCGGAGCACAGGGACUUUUUCGGAUCAAGUGAUUUUGGUGUACACACAAGAACUGAGUCCCCUCGUGCGGAUAGCUUUUAUGAUAAGAAGAGUCCAUUUACAUUUGAAGACUCGGUUCCCAGCACUCCGGCCUCCAAGUUUGGGAACUCUCCAUCAAGGUUCAGUGAGACAUCAAGGGAUUUGGACAGUUUCUCAAGGUUUGAUUCCUUCAGCAUGAAUGAUGGUGGAUUUUCAAUGCAACCUGAUAGGCUCACGAGGUUCGACUCCAUAGACAGCAGCAAAGACUUUAGCAGUGGAUUUUCACGGCAAGCCGAGACGCUCACUAGGUUCGAUUCCGUAAAUAGCAGCAAAGACUUUGGCCAUGGAUUCUCAUUUGAUGACUCUGACCCGUUUGGCUCCAGCGGCCCAUUUAAAGUCUCAUCGAACCAACAUAGUCCGAAGAAAGAUUCCGAUGAUUGGCGCGCUUUCUAGCCGG